UAUAGAAAUCUAUUAAUCAAUAUUAUAAAUACUACAUUACCCCAAUAUUGAAGUGAAAUUUAAUCACUUGUUGCAAGAAAGUCACCUGACCAAGUGCCAGCAGAUGCAUCAGAUUUUAAUGGACACUGAGGUAGCACACCUAUCCACAUCUAUUUACUAUUAUUAUGUGAUAUUUAAGAACAAGUAUACCAUUUUUAAACACAACAAUUAUGUUUACAUUUUUGUUGCAGUAAUUUUUUUUUUACAGGAUAUUAAGUGUGAGAUUAAUAUUUAGCUAAUUAUCAACAAAAGCACAUUUUACUACCAUUUUUUACCUAUUUUUUUUUUUUUUUACCCAUUUACUUAUUUUUUGAGAAUAUAAGGCAUAGAUUGUGCUAGAUAUUACAAAGCAUGGUUCAUAACAGUUUGUUAGGCAAUAAGCACAUUUUAAGAUACACUGAUUUACAAGUAAUACAAUUACAGUUCUUAUUUGCUUAUAAAGUAUCUACUGAAAUUAAAGGUCAUUACGUUUUUGUGUCUUGUUCCAGUUCACACCUUAAUGCCACAGAAUGUAAAGAGCAUUAAACUAUUAUAAGGUAAUUCAAUUUAAGAGAAGCCCUGCCUCGGAUAUUGGCCGACAGACUAACAGUUUAAUUUCAUUUAGUCUAAAUGUUCAGGAAAAUCAAAUGUGUUUUGUUAAAUAUAACUAAAAAGAUGAAUGAAACGAAAUUAAGGAACAUUUACCUGGUGGGCGAUCCACAAUUCAAGGCAACGGUCAGUACAGUCUGUUUAUAUAGGCCCUGUAGGACCCUCCCUUUUUGGGAAGAACCAGUGAUCAUGUACUAUGCUACACUUGGUUUUUUACUUACAUAGUUGGUGCAAAUAAAUGCUUAUGAACUUUUAUCUUUAAAUAAAUGAUUCAGCAGCAAUUAAUUGAAUAAUCCUUUUACAAUAUAUUCUGAAUUGCACACAUUCAUAGUAUGACAAAUAGAAAUAAGCUGUAGCUAAGCAGUGACUUAAUAUAUUGUAUAAAUGGAAUACUUAUUACAGAUACAAGCGUUAAUUUGGCUAAUUUUAAGAAAAUGGAAUUUGGCAGAAAAAUUUAAGUUGGUGGAAGACAAAUUAUUAGGAAAAGCAGGAUCAGUGGUUCUAAAUGUAUCAAAAACAAAAAUACAAUUUUACUCAUUAAUAUUGUUAAGGUUAAGUUAUUAUUACCAGAAAAAAAGAUUUAGGUGCUAUUUAUUUAGUGUGAGACAAGAAAAAAAAAAUGAAUGCAAUUAUUAACCAAGGGCCCGAGAACUAACUUUUGCUUGUUAAUGAUAUAUUUUGUGUAAUAUAAACUAUGAAUUGAUAGGCCAGUGUUCAUUUUAAUUGUAAUCCUUAAGAAAUAUGAACAUUCAGGGGAGAAAUACUUAGUUACUCAUUACACAUAAUAGAUUGAGCAGAACCCUUCCUACCCUGAGUUCAAUGAUUUCUAAGAAAUAGAAAGUGAAAGGUCCUGUGUAGUUUUUAGGUGGUGGCUGGGUCAUUUUCACUGACAAUGAUAUAUUUUGUGUAAUAUAAACUAUGAAUUGAUAGGCCAGUGUUCAUUUUAAUUGUAAUCCUUAAGAAAUAUGAACAUUCAGGGGAGAAAUACUUAGUUACUCAUUACACAUAAUAGAUUGAGCAGAACCCUUCCUACCCUGAAUUCAAUGAUUUCUAAGAAAUAGAAAGUGAAAGGUCCUGCGUAGUUUUUGGGUGGUGGCUGGGUCAUUUUCACUGACAAUUGAAACAAUGCACCCCUCCCCCACUCGAUGCCUCAGCCCAGCUCCUUGGGUCAAAUCAACUCAGCUCAGACUGUUAGAUUUAUUUGGAGAAACUCAGAAAUGUCUUAAUAUCCUGCACACUGUUUGUAUUAUUACUGGGCCUACUCCAAGUACUUUUAGUAGAUGAAACAAAACCCACCAUAACCUGAAUACAAUGCUUUGUAUGGAAAAUACAGUAAUGGAAAGUGAAAGAUACUCCUUCAGAGUUUCUUUACAACUGCUUCCACAGUAAUAAUUACUGUCUUUUAUGAUAAUGUAUACUGGUUAGGGAAGUUUCCCUGUGACCUGAGAAAUAUUUUUAAGAGGUGAGAGCCCACUGAAGUUGGGUCCAGAUGGUUACAGUGUGGCCAUCAGGAUGGCUGCCAUCAUCAAAGUCUUGAAGCCUACAUUAUAAUCUUGCAAAUAUAGCCCAAAAAAUCAAUACAACUUAUGUUUGAAGAAUUCCUUUAUUAAACAUGUUGACAGCACUGUGUGUAUAAAAUUAGUACCAGUAAAGGCUAUUAAGAUAUAAAUAGCUUUCUUAUUGGUGUUUACUAGUUAAAAUUGUAAUGUAUUACAACCAUCUAAAAUGUUUUACAUGCUGCAUAGCACAGGCCAGUAUUUUUCUGAAAUUGGUAUUAGCAUACAUAAUUAGUAUAUAUUAAGGUUAUGUAUAUCAGCAUCAUAAUAAUUUAAUCAAUAGCUAGUUAAAUGCAGAUUUUCAUUACCAUUUGAGAAAUUAGCAUUUGACAAUUAACAUUUCAGGAUAUAUGUGUGCGGACUUUGCAUGUUCUCCCCGUGCUGCGGGGGUUUCCUCCGGGUGCUCCGGUUUCCUCCCCCAGUCCAAAGACAUGCAUGGUAGGCUGAUUGGCAUGUCUAAAGUGUCCGUAGUGUAUGAAUGGGUGUGUGAGUGUGUAUGUGAUUGUGCCCUGCGAUGGACUGGCACCCUGUCCAGGGUGUACCCUGCCUUGUGCCCGAUGCUUCCUGGGAUAGGCUCCAGGUUCCCCCGCGACCCUGAAAAAGGAGUAAGUGGUUGAAGAUGGAUGGAUGGAUGGACUGAUGUUAUGACUCAAUUAUAUUUCAGUAUAAUUGUGUUGAGUAUGACGCAUAGUGUUGUUGCGCUUGUGCGAGUGACGUACUGAGCAAGGGGCAAGCGCAAAAAGGUUCAUGUCAGUGAUCCAUAAGGAAAUGUAGCUCUGACAAUAAAGUUAGUAAAAGCUUUAUUUCUACAUGAGUAUGCCUGCAUUAUUCGAACCCGUUUAGAGAUUGGACCUUCGUGAAUUCUCCUUAACCCCUCUUACACUAGCAUUAGCAAACUCUUUGCACUCAGCGUUACGUUUGUUCUUUAGAUGUUUAAUCAAAUGGCUUGUGUUAAAUGAGCUAUUUUUUUUUUUUUACCCCUUUUGACAGUUUAGCAGAGCAUAGUUUGCAGUCUGCUCUACUUUUAUCAUCAUCACUUAUCUAAAAUAUGUCCAAAUUGCUGACAUUGCUUCUCUUCCGACUACCUGCUCAACUGACGAGAGCUUAGGCUACGUCACAUUGUCAUAAAGUGGUAUCGGUGCGGUUGUAUCGGGAUCGUUUUACAAGUACGAGUACAUGAGUACAGUAUCGGGCCGAUACUGGAGUACUGGUUUCGGUAUCGGUGCAUCCCUAGAGAUAACCAUCAUCCCAAAAAUUUUAUCUCCAAGUUUCACAAAUGUAAUACCUAGAUUUCGCCGAAAGAUGGCAGUACAUACCUUUAUUGGAAAAGAUAGAGAACUUUACAUUUUAUAAACAAGCAAAAAAUAAUCAAAAUUUUCAACCACGGUGUAAUCUUUGUUAUACAGUAUAAAUUAUAUACCAAAUACUGUUUGUAUUAUUACAUUUAUGUUCAUGGGGGAAAAACAACUUAUAGACUCAGUAAAUUUAACCAUACCAUUUUAAGGCAUUUAAAAACAAACAAACAAAAACAAAACAGAUUCAAAAUAUUUAAUAGUUUUUUAUAGAAACUUGCUCAAACAACAAAGAAUAAAAUGUGUUCAGUUGGACUUCUUAUGUGUCACCUGUUUCCUUCCUGUAAUGGAUAAGUCACUGCUUCCUCCUGCUUAUUGUGAGGAACCAGAAGUGAUCUCUCAGACUUCCUCUGCUGCCUCCUGCUACAUCGUGCAGCUUACUGCACAGAAAAGACAAAACAUGUAUAUAUCACACUGUGCUGAGUUUAGUAAGAAGGCUGGUGAUGUGCAGAAAAUAAUGCAAAGAUUUCUGUGGACUUUAUCCCUUUUCCAAGUUCUGAUAUGUAUGACAAUGAAGGUCAAGGCUGAAAGUGUUUUUACUGGAACAGAAGGAGGCAGUGUGGAUAUCUCCUGUAAAUACCCUGCUGGAUAUCAAUAUACACCCAUGUACUUCUGUCGUGAUCCAUGCUCUUAUUCUGAUGUACUAAUUAAAUCUGUGAAGGCUGAUACAGUGGCCUCUAAGGAAAGAUACACUGCAUUAAACACUCUGUCUGCACGUCGCUUCUCUGUCACCAUCAGACACCUCACAUUAAAGGACUCUGGAGUUUAUUACUGUGGAGUGGAUACCUGGGGCAAAGACAAGUUAACUAAAGUAAAGCUUACUGUCAGUGAAGCAGUUCCUACUGUGUCUACACGUGCUCCAGUGACCAGUCAGAAUCAAAUCCCUGAAGUUACAGAGUCUCCUUGUGCCACCACAGUGAUAACAGCUGCUGCAGAGAGUUCCACUUUCUAUGAACAAGCAUCAUCCACACCUCAAACUCAACAUUCUUUGGACCUAUAUGGACAGCUAUUUGUUGUUUGUGGAGGGGUGCUGGGCCUAAUGCUGUGCUGUGUUCUUGCAGCUCUUGUGAUUCUCUACAGGAAAAAGUCCACACACAUCACAACUUUGAAACCAGCUGCUCCUGCAAUCCAAAUUUCACAUCCACCACCUGGUCAGGAGAACAUUUGCCAUGUGUAUGAUGAGAUGCUGGCUGUGUAUACUUUAGCUGGUCCACCUGUAGGAGAUGAAUCUUCAGCCACCUACAGCACCAUUCAGCUCCCUGCUCCAGCAGACAACGAUUGCAGUCCAUAAUCUCUUGUAGCUCCUCACUGAAAACAGUUACAGCACCCUAUAUAUGUGAUGUGCAUAAUACACAAACCAUUCUGUGCAUUUCAAGAAAAUAAGCACUCUUUUGGGGACACAAGUUCUCUUUUUAGUGAUUACUGUCAUAUUUAAACUUAUAUAUUGCUCACAUAUUUCAACAUCUAACAAGACUUGACCUGACUUAAUAUUUGUUAUAGGUACAUUAAGAUGAACCUGAACUUUCUAAAACAUCCUGUGACAAAUUGACACAUGGGCUUCAAUGCAGUACUUCCGGUGUGAAUGCAAGGCUUAUUUUAUCCUGACUUGCAGCUCUUAUGCAACACAUGUGUAUGUAAUGCUUAUGCAGAGUGAAUGCACACUCAGUUUAACUAAGAAGCUGUAUUCACUAACAACCCACUGGUACUAAUAUACCAUCUGUGUAAAUGUUACAUAAUUGCACCCACAGGAAGUGGCUGAACUGUGAGACGCGCCACAGAGAAAUAGUGUUGGUGUUCACUGUGGACUACACUUUGUCUAAUACAUGAAAAACUUCAUAAAUCACAACAAUCUAAGUAUAUUUCUCUCUGUGUCUGAUGUGGGUUUAACACAAAGUUACUAAUCGUUCAGGAGAUAAGUAAGAAGUGGAGUUAAAUAGGCAAGUUUAGUACACAUGAUGCACUCUUGUUUUUACACAUAGCCAUGGUGUUAUUUUUAAGAUGUGAGGUUUUAUUGUUGAGAUGUGACAAUGAUAAAGUUGAAACCAUAUUCAGCAAAAUAAGUAAAAAUGUCAACUAUGAACAUAAGACAACUACGAAUGUAAAUAAACAAUUAAAAAUUUAAUUCUCCUUCAUAGAGAAUAGCUGAAAAUAUUUGUUAAAGCGAUUAAUGUUGUUGUGCUAUUUGUCCAAAUAAAGACCAAAAGCAAGCACCAUAGAAGGCCUGUGUGAAGUUGGCCCCUCACCCAACGCAAAACGCUGGAAAAAUAGUCUCAAUCGUUUGAGAUGGUUUGUGCCGUAAAAAUUUUCGUUCGUGCUGCUUUGGUUUUGGAGAUAUUACAAGAACAUAUAGGCCUAUAGGUCAUUCUGAGGUCACUCAGCCCCACCACAUGCUCCAAAUUCACCCAAAACAGUCUCAAUUGUUUGUGCUGGUUUAUGCCACUAAAAGUUUAGUUUGUGCUACUUUCAUUUUUAAAAUAUUAGACAUUAAUUUCUAGAUGAUGAGUCACCAGCCCCCCACAUGCUCCAAAUUCAACCCAAAUGGUCUCAAUCGUUUGUGCUUCAUUUGUGCCAAUAAAAGUUUUGUUUGUGCUGCUUCCGUUUUUAAAAUAUUAGACAUUGACUUAUAGGCGCAAAUCUCCUCGGUGUGAGCACACUUUGAGUCGAAUUGCCAAAGACUUUGUCAAGACAGAUCAUAUCAUAAUUUGUUCAAUAAACAAUUAUCUUUACUUCAUUCACUGGUCUCUCAUGAUUGAACUUUUCAUUUAUUUACAAGGAUUAUCAUCUGCUACACUUCACUGCCACCACUUCUGCCACACUUCUGUUCAAUAUGCUCUUGUGGAAAUUAGUGUUAAGUUAGUACAGGAAAAGUCGAUAUAGUAACUAAAUCAAAAUUCUGGUCAGUGUAAGUACAAUGUUUUAACACUGCCAGUUCCAAUAUUAUAAGUUAACUUCAAGCAUAAUGGUACAAAAUUCAAGAGAGCUAAGAUUGUCAAUGUUUAUUCAGAAAACUCAUUGCUAAUACUAGUAUGGCUAAAGGAGCUAUGAAAUGCUAAUUACAGCUGCACUUGGUACUCUCUUGUGGGUCUGUGCUCCGCCCUCCUCCAGGCUAAUUCCCCUACACUGGUGGUGGAUGCGGGCACAGAGUACAGAC